AUGGAAUUAACUAGCAAUAUUCCUGAUACUAACCUGGCAUUUUGCUACCACUGGAAAGUGUGGCAUUGGAUGGGUAUAAAAGCCCCCAAGAAUAGCAACUUACAACUCUAUCGUGUUUACGCAGUUCUCAUAAAUUCACUGGUAACAUUUCUAUUUCCUUUGACGUUGAUUGUAAAUGUAUUUUUCGCCCAAAAUACCCAACAAUUGUGUGAAAACUUAACCAUCACCAUAACGGACACCAUAGCCAAUUUAAAAUUCGUUAAUGUGUAUUUGGUGCGCGGUGAAUUGGAACGUAUUAAGGCUAUACUGGGUAAACUUGACAAGAGAGCCAAGAAUCCAGAAGAACAACAAAUUCUUAAUGCCGCUAUUCGAAUCUCACAGCUAUCAUUUUUAAUAUUUGUACGCCUGUAUACGGUGGGUACAUGUUUGAGUAUUUUAAAGGUAAUAUUUGCUGCAGAACGUUCUUUAUUGUAUCCCGCCUGGUUUGGAGUAAAUUGGUUUGAUAAUACUUUAAUUUACAUCGUUGUCAUGACAUAUCAGUUGUUUGGUCUUAUUGUGCAAGCAUUACAAAAUUGUGCUAAUGAUUCCUAUCCUCCAGCAUAUCUUAUAAUAUUAACGGCUCAAAUGAAAGCUUUGGAAGUGCGUGUCAGGGCUAUAGGUCGUACGGAAGAUAGAGAGGAACGUAUCUGCCUGACUAAGGAGCAAUGUUUAAGAAAUUUAAUCGAAUUUAAUGAGUGCAUUAAGGAUUAUAAAAAUAUUUUAAAAUUAUUUACCAUCAUAGAAAAUAUCAUUUCGAAAGCUUGUCUAGCUCAAUUUGUUUGCUCGGCUUUGGUUCAGUGCACCGUUGGUUUACACUUUCUGUAUGUUGUGGAUGCUGCCGAUUAUGGUGCGCAAAUUCUAUCGAUAAUCUUUUUUGUGGCCGUUACAUUGGAGGUAUUUAUUAUAUGCUAUUUUGGGCAUUGCAUGAGUAUACAAAGUUGGAAUUUAACGUAUGCCUUUUAUUCGUGUGGUUGGUUGGCCCAGUCACCUUCUUUUAAAAAGAACUUGUUAAUAACUUUAAUGCGUACUCAGAGGCAUUCGAUUAUUUAUGCUGGCUCUUAUAUUCCGGUUGAUUUGCCAACAUUUGUGCAGCUUAUGAAAUAUGCCUAUUCUACAUUUACACUGUUAAUUCGUUUUAAAUAA